AUGAAGCGGGAAUACCUUCCACUAGAUUCCCUACUAGCCUGGUUAAGGCUGAAUGGUAUUGCUACAAACGGCGUUGCUGUACAAAAACUCGACUCGGGUGAUUCUGAGACAGACAAGGGCAACGCGAUCAUAGCCACGGCAGAUAGGUCCAACGAUACCGAUGACGAACAGAUCCUCCUCCAGAUCCCACGGGACUUGGUAUUAUCAUUAGAAUCAGUGUAUGAUUACUCCAAAUCUGACCGGGAUCUCCGCGAAGUACUGGAGGCAGUAGGGGACUCUGGCAGGACAGCAAGAGGUGCAAUCAUGAUUUUCCUUCUUGUUCAAGCCACACACAACAGUCCGCAACAGCAACGGCGGAUCGGAGUCUCUAAUCCUUGGACUGAGUAUAUCAAGUUUCUGCCGUCUUCUUUCUCUUUGCCCACCUUUUGGUCUGAAGAGGAAAGGGAGCUGCUGCGGGGAACUUCUCUUGAGGCUGCAGUAGAUGCUAAAUGGAACUCGCUUCAAAAAGAAUUCGAGUUUUUCCACGAGAACACGAAAGACGUCGCUUGGUGUCAGCAGUGCUGGUGGGCCGAAAGUCCAGAUGGACUGACCUUUGAGGAUUGGAGAUAUGUCGAUGCGGCGUAUCGAUCACGCAUGCUGGAUCUACCGGGGAGUGGGCAUUCUAUGGUGCCAUGUGUCGAUAUGGUCAAUCAUAUGGCGGGCACCGCAGUUACGGCACUCUAUGAUGCGGAUUCUGAAGGAAACGCAGUUUUGAAAUUGCGCCUUGGAAAGACUUUACAAACAGGCGAAGAAGUGACGAUCUCAUACGGCGAUAAAAAGGCUGCUUCGGAGAUGAUCUUCUCCUAUGGAUUUCUAGAUGGUGACAUGGUUGAAACGACCCAAGUCAUGCUAGACAUGAAUUUUCCCGAGGCUGAUCCUCUUGGCGUUGCUAAGAAAAUGAUCUGCAAAGAUACUCCUGGAAUCCGGGUUUCGGAUGCCUCUCAAGACCCGGCGACUACCAGUCUGACAUCAUUGAAUGUAUCGGGAAACAUUAUUUGGGAUAGUCCACUGGUCUGGUGGUUAAGCGUGAAUGAAGAAGACGGACUUGAAAUUGGGAUCGCACAAACUACCGACGGAGGGAGGGAGUUAGAAGCGCAUUGGAAGGGCGAGAAGAUUCCAUCGUCCGAUCAGCUCAUUCAUCAUCUUAGCAUUGAUCCCUUGGUAGAUAUUUUCCGACUCCGUGCAGUUGUUCUGGUACUUGAACGUCUUGAAUCGCAAUUGAUACUUCUACUUGAGACAACCCAAGUCUUGGAAGCUGUCCGUGAAGACCCGGCAAUGCUGAGAAGUAUGUUCAGACCUGAGAUUUUCGACAUGGUUUUUCGACUACGGAAGCUCGAAGCCACAUUAUUGCGAAAUGCAGUUGAGAAGCUCACGGAACAGAAAAAUGAGCUGGUGAAGUCUGAGACUGUUGCUAGUUACCUUGAGCAGGCUCAAACAGAGGAGGUUGAGGAUUUCUCAUAA